CAACUUGGUAACCCGAUAAUAAUCUAAUAAAUUUUAUCAAAUUAUUUGAUUACGUGUUCAUCAAAUAAUCAAUCAACACCAGAAAUAAAAAAUUGAACAGAAAUUUAUAUGCAAUGUGAUUAACAAUAAUAAACGAAGAAGACAACAACACUAGCAACAACGAUAUGGUUUUAAAAAUUUGAUCAUUUCAUUUCAAUUCCGAAGCGACACUUCAUUUUUGAAAAAAAACAUUCGAAUUCGAUUCGAAUUAUGGCCAUAGGCCUUAUCCAAUCAUCAACAACAUCAACAUCGAUAUUACAAUCUUCAUCAUCAUCACAACAACAAUCAAAAGCAACAACAAUAAUCAUGAUCAAUCCAAGAAAUAGUGUUUUAAGGAUACGUGAAAAAUAUUUAUUAUUGGCUAUUAUUAUUAUAUUUAUGAUUAUUAGUUUAAUUGGUAUGGCCUAUUUACCUGAGCUUAAAAUAACAAGUAAACAAGUUUAUUUACAAUAUUUAAAAUCGGCCGAUAAUUCAUUAGGGCCACAGUUAUUGGGUAUAAUACCACCACCAUCAUCGAAUGAUAAUGAUAUUUAUGGUGGUAUUGUUAAUGAUGAUGGUCGUCAACAAUCACAACAAACAGCAAUGUUACCACCACCACCAAGAGGACGUUUUGAAGAUGAAAAACGUUUACUCAUUCUUUAUGGUACAGAAACCGGUAAUUCACAAGAUUUAUCCAAAAUUAUUGCCUGGCAAUUAUCCCGAUUACAGAGCAAUGGCCCGGAUUAUAAUUCACCGAUAAUGAUUCAGGUUAUGUCAUGUGAUGAUUAUCCGAUUCAAAAUUUAGCUGAUGAACAAUUCAUAUUAAUAAUCUGUUCAACGAGUGGUCUUGGUGAUGCACCAUUAAAUAUGAAAAUGUUUUGGCGUUUUUUAAUGCGUAAAGAUCUACCAUCUAAUUCACUUGAACAUCUUCAAUUUGCUGUGAUUGGUUUAGGUGAUUCAUCAUAUGCUCGUUAUAAUUUUGUUGCAAAAAAAUUAUUCAAACGAUUUAAAUUAUUGGGCGCGAAAAAUCUUCUCGAUCUAGUUCUUGGUGAUGAACAACAUGAAUUUGGUCCAUUCUAUACAAUUGAUCCAUGGUUACAACAAUUUUAUCAAUUGAUUAUACCUGAAGUAAACAUAUCAAAAUUAUUGGAUGAUGAAGGAUUAAUUGAACCAAGUAUUGAUGUAGUAGAAUUACUGGACGUAGGUGUUGAAGGUGAUGAAGAUUAUCAUCGAUUGAAUGACUCAAAUUUGAUGAAAUCAUCACCGGAUAAAUAUGAUCAAUUAAAUCCAUUUGAAGCUCGUGUAAUCAAUAAUAAACGUAUCACUGCACAAGAUCAUUUUCAAGAUGUCCGUCUUAUUGAAUUAGAAUUAGAUUCAACUAUUGAUUAUCAUCUCACCGAUGUUUGUGUUGUUUAUCCAAAAAAUCUACCCGAACAAGUUGAUAUAUUUUUGAAUUUAUUCAAUUCGGAAGAUAAUGAUAAUGGUCGCCAACGAUUAGAAUCUGAUCGUAUGAUUCGAUUAAAAUUAAAUCCAAAACAAUAUUGGAUACCACAAUCAUCAUAUUAUCAUCAUUUACUUCGCCGUCGAAAUCCAUGUUCUAUUCGGGAAAUAAUUCAACGUUAUAUGGAUAUAAAUUCAAUACCGAAGCGGUCAUUUUUUGAUCUGUUUUAUCGAUUUAGUGGUGAUCAAUUGGAACGUGAAAAAUUGAAACGUUUUGCAUCGGGUACCGAUCUAGAUGAACUAUAUGAUUAUGUUAAUCGUCCAAAACGUACGAUUUUAGAAGUGAUGGCUGAUUUUCCCAAUACAACGCCAUUUGUACCCUUAAAAUAUUUAUUCGAUUUAAUACCGGCAAUGGCAUGGCGUUCAUAUUCAAUUGCAAGUUCACCUAUUUUGAAACCAAAUUCAUUGGAAAUUCUUUAUGCUGUUGUUGAAUAUCGCACAAGAUUAAAAAAGCCAAGAUUAGGCCAAUGUACAACAUGGAUGGCUAAACAGGAACCAAACCAGAUAUCUACAUUGGAUAUUUUUCUUCGAAAAAGUACAUUUAAAUUACCUGAUCAAAAUGAUCAACCAUUGAUAAUGAUUGCAGCCGGUACAGGUGUUGCUCCUUUUCGGGCAUUUAUUCAUGAUCGUGUCAAAAAAAAUAUCGGUGGAAAUUAUCUCUUUUUUGGCUGUCGUUUUUCGGAUAAAGAUUAUUAUUUGCGUGAUGAAUGGCAGCCAAUGACCGAAAGAAAAUUAUUGGAAGUUUUCGCUGCAUUUUCACGUGAAAAUCCUGAUAAAAAAAUCUAUGUACAACAUAUUGUUUGGGAACAACGAGAUUUAGUUUAUCGAUUAUUUAUGGAGCAAAAUGGUGUCAUAUUAAUUGCUGGUAAAUCAAAGCAAUAUCCUGAAUUAGUACGUGAAACGUUGACAAAUAUAUUUCGAGAAAAAUUGACCGAACAAAAUCAUGUUAAUGAUGAUGAUUAUUUUGAAAAUUUAAUCACAAAAUUUGAAUCACAAAAAAGAAUUCAAUUCGAAUCAAAAUCAUUAUCAUCAUUCACUUCUUCACAACAACAACAACAAAUCAAUCGAAUCGUAUUGGCAUCUGGUUUUAUCGUUACAGCUGUCACUUUAUAUGGAUUGCAUGAAUGGAAACAACAAAUUCGUCAAGCUGAAUGUCGUUCGAAUCGCAAUGAUAAGGAUCAUCAUCAACAGCAAAAACGUUUACGACCAAAUAGUCAAGAAGAAUUGGCAUUAUUCGAUGCAAUUCGACAAAAUGAUGGCAAAAAAAUUGAUAAAUUAUUAAAAGAAAAUCCUGAUUUGUAUGUAAAUACACGCCAUACAUUUGGCUGGACACCAUUACAUUUAGCUGCUAUACUUGGCCGAUCACAGAUUGUUGAACAGCUAUUGAAAGCUGGUGCCGAUCCGGAUUCGAUUGAUGAAUUUUCAAAUGCUGGGCAAAUUGCCCAUGAACAUCGUCUUCGAUAUUAUGAUGUACUAAGGAUGCGUGAACAAGAAUUUAGUGAUAUUUUAGCUCAAAAUGUAUCAUUUUUAGGUACAACUGCUUUACAUUAUGCUUGUCUUGCAAGUUCGAUCGAAACGGUUAAAAUCCUGAUGCGUUAUAAAGCCAAUCCAAAUUUAGAAAAUGAAUUCGGACAUAAACCAAUUGAUUAUUUGGAUGAUCAAGAUCCACAAAUAGAAUCAUUCAUAUCGAUAAUGCAACAAUAUAUGAAUGAAUAUAGUGAUUAUAUUGAAAAACUUCGAAUUGAAGAACGAAGAAAAUUUCCAUUGGAACAACGAUUAAAAGAAGUUUUAGUUGGACAAGAAGGUGCUAUUGCAACUGUUGCUGCCACAAUCCGACGUAAAGAAAAUGGUUGGGUUGAUGCAGAACAUCCAUUAGUUUUUUUAUUUCUUGGUUCAUCAGGUUUGGGAAAAACUGAACUGGCCAAACAAAUUGCUCGAUAUUUACAUGGUGGUAGUGAUCAAAAGAAAUCUCAAUCGUCGAAAGGAUUUAUACGUAUCGAUAUGAGUGAAUAUCAAGAAAAACAUGAAGUAUCGAAAUUUAUUGGAUCACCGCCUGGUUAUAUUGGUUAUGAUGAAGGUGGACAAUUAACAAAAGCAUUAACGGAAUGUCCAAAUGCAGUUGUUUUGUUUGAUGAAGUUGAAAAAGCACAUCCUGAUGUUUUAACAAUAAUGUUACAGUUAUUCGAUGAAGGACGAUUAACCGAUGGUAAAGGAAAUACAAUCGAUUGUCGUCAGGCUAUUUUCAUAAUGACAUCGAAUUUGGCAAGUGAUGAAAUUGCUGAAUAUGGUUAUCAAUUACGUCGUGAGACGGAAGAACUGAUGAAGGCACAAUCAUCCGGGAAAAUUAUCAAUGAAACGGAAAUGAAAAAUUUGGAUAAAGUUGAAGUUAGUCGUUAUUUUAAAGAUCAUGUUAUCCGUCCCAUACUUAAACGACAUUUUCGUCGUGAUGAAUUUUUAGGUCGUAUCAAUGAAAUGGUGUAUUUCCUUCCAUUUUCACGUUCCGAAUUACAUAAAUUAGUGCUGAUGGAAUUGGAAUUAUGGAAAAAACGAGCGGAAGAACGACAUAAAAUACAUUUAACAUGGGAUAGUAAUGUUAUUGGUGUUUUAUCUAAUGGAUAUGAUCGUUAUUAUGGUGCAAGAUCAAUCAAAUAUGAAAUUGAACGUCGUGUUGUAAAUAAAUUAGCAAAUGCACAUGAAAAUGGCUUAUUACGACCAGGUUCAAAGAUUCAUAUUGUUGUUUCGGAUGAUGAUGAUGAUGAUUAUAAAUUGGGUAAAGUUGAACAAAAUAAAUCCGAUCAAAGUCCAACAACCGCAACGCAAGAAGGUGUCAAUAAUGGUGAUGAUGAAAAUAAAGAUGAUAAAAAAAUCAAUAGGAAAAAAAUUGAAUCAAAAUUGAAAUUAUUGAUUGAAAAUCCAUCGUCGUCGUCGUCGUCGUCAGCGGCAACAAAAUCAGAGGGUAAAUAG